AUGACUUCUCUUACCGCCCCUCGCUCGUCCUGGCCGCUCCAGUCCGACGCGGCGUCCAGCAUCUCUGCCUCGCUCACCGAGACCGCUCCUUCCUCGCCUCGCACGCCCACUCGCCCGACCAUCUCUGCGCCACGACCGAGGCGCGUACAACUCGUUGCACCUGUCCUCGAAGACCGCCCGAUCAGCCAAGUGGCGAGCGAUGGCGGCGACGACUCGCCUCCGAGGAGGACCUUGGACGGGAGCGCGAAGGCUCGAGCACGUCUGUCGCCAGACGGGCAGGACGGAUGGGCGAUGUACAGUGCAGGUCGCAGCGAUGCCGGCGCGACGCUCAGCCCAUCCCCGUUGCGCUGGACGAGCUCGUCGGGCGCCUCUUCCCUCGGUACAGUCGUCUACGAAGAUUGGCCCGUCCCGGCGACUUCGGUCCCUCGUCUUCUUUUCUCGCCACCUCCGCGACAGACUCACGAUGCUAUAGAGACCGCUCCGAAGCCAGUGCAGCCCGUCUCGGUCGGAGUCGAGGCGGAGGAGGAGCGUUUCGAGCGGUGUGGAAAGCGCUGGUCGCUCUACACGACCGAGAACGUCGAGCGGCUUCUGCCCGACGACGUCUUUGCAUCGACUCUCCGACCGACCGCAACGCAGCGAGCACGGUUGAGCCGCCCUCAGGGUCUCUACCUCACUCCGCCCUCGAGGCAGACGCCGCUCACCUCGCCUGUCUCUCUCGCUUCCGCGCGCGCCAUCGACGCCAGCGUUACCCAAGACGACUUUGCCUUUCUUCCGACAUCGCCUGUUGCGCCCGACAGGACUUUCACUCCGUCGCCCGUCGAAACCGGCUGCGCACUCCUGCACGUCCUGCCCUGGCGCAAGCGUCGACGUGCAGCCUCUUCUCCUUCUUCCGACGUGUCUCAUGCGCCAGUCGCGCGAUCUCCGCCUGAACUCGCACACCUAUCGAUCUCUCGCACGACCUCGCCAGGCUUCCUCGCCCUCCUCGGCCGCUCACCUCCCGUCCCCGAAUUCGAGCUCGUCGCUCGUCCUUCUCCUGUCGCUGGUUCUUUCGACGGCGAGAACGUCCCGCUCGGCCCGCAGGGGUACAGGCGAGUCGUCGUCCCUCGACCCAACGUCAAGCCCGGCAGGCAACCUCACGAUUUGUCGCCUCCGCCUGGGCCGCCUUCUCCUCGUCGCCCCCCUCUUCGCUCGACACCGAUGGAAGCCACGCCUGCUCGCGACGAUGGAGAGCCAGAGGUCGUCGAGGCGAGCACUUCGCGGCGGGACAAGGGGAAAGGACGAGCGGUCGGCUGGGCUCUCGGUUGA